UCCUUGACCCCAAGUCUGCCACGCACAACGCCAAGCCCCGCCUGUCGUUCUCGGCCAAGCCGGCCGCGCUGACGUGCGCCGAGGAGGACGAGCUGGCCGGCGGCCGCGCCACCGUCAUGCGCUGGAAGACCGUGUCGGCCAUCUUCUUCCUGGUGGUGCUCUACCUGGUGAUCGGCGCCACCGUCUUCCGCGCCCUGGAGCAGCCCUUCGAGAGCUCCCGGAAGCUGGCCAUCCUGGCCGACAAGCUGGAGUUCUUGGCCCUCCACGGCUGCGUCAACUCCUCCGAGCUGGAGGAUCUGGUCAAGCAAGUGGUUUCCGCCGUCCGAGCGGGUGUGAAUCCGUCGGGAGACUCGUGCAACCAGAGCAGCCUGUGGGACCUCAGCUCCGCCUUCUUCUUUGCCGGGACCGUCAUCACCACCAUCGGGUUCGGCAACACCUCUCCCCGCACGGAAGGCGGACGGAUAUUCUGCAUCAUCUACGCUCUGAUGGGGAUCCCCCUCUUCGGCUUCCUGUUGGCCGGCGUGGGCGACCAGCUGGGCACCGUUUUUGGCAAGGGAAUCGCCAAAGUGGAGAAGAUGAUCGUGAAGUGGCAAGUCAGCCAGACCAAGAUCCGCGUCAUCUCCACCUUGCUCUUCAUCCUGUUCGGCUGCCUGAUCUUUGUGGCGCUGCCGGCCGUCAUCUUCAAGCACAUCGAGGGCUGGAGCGCGCUGGAGUCCAUCUACUUUGUGGUCAUCACGCUCACCACCAUCGGAUUCGGAGACUUUGUCGCCGGGGAAAAAGAACAAAAGAUGUCCGUGUCCAUUCGAUUCCAUCGGCGCCGCUGUGCUUGUGCAGGAGGUUCUGAGAGUCCGGAGUACCUCAAGUAUUACAAGCCGGUGGUGUGGUUCUGGAUCCUGGUGGGUCUGGCGUACUUUGCCGCCGUGCUCAGCAUGAUCGGCGACUGGUUCCGCGUCAUCUCCAAGAAAACCAAGGAGGAGGUGGGCGAGUUCCGGGCCCACGCCGCCGAGUGGACGGCCAACGUGUCGGCCGAGUUCAAGGAAACCCGGCGGCGGCUGAGCGUGGACAUCUACGACCGGUUCCAGCGCGCCGCCUCCAUCAAGCGCAAACUGUCCUCGGAGCUGGGCAUCAACGCCUCGGAAAUGACGCCGGGCAAACGGACGCUGUCGGUCAACCUGGGCGAGGAUCGCGAGGCCUUCGCCGACCUGAGGCUGGCGCUGCCACCCGGCCCGGGAGCCCUGAGCAGAAACGGCAGCCUCUUCCUCAACGGGCUCAGCCCGGACUUUGCCCAGCGGCUGGAGGUGGCCCUGGUGGAAACCCCCAAAUGAGGGCCGCGAAAAGGUUUAGGAGCUGGCUCAGGCGUGUCACGGACGUGUUCUCGCCGGAGUUUAGCGCUACGAAAGGUUCGGUCGGUCGGUCCGUCGGGGUGCCGGUGAACGCACGCCACGAACAAACGGGCCGCAUCGAAAUGCACCAAAGAAAAAAUGAAACAGAAGAAGCAAGCUGCAACCACAAGGAAAGAAUUCUCAUGAAUAAACAAAAGCAUUGGUAAUUGGAGAAGGAAA